AUGGGGCUCUGGUCCAGAGAGGGCGUCACGCACAACGUGUGGACGGCCUACGUCUUCACGCUCUUCUUCUGGUCCGCCCGAAGUAUUCUGUUCCAGCAGGUCGUGGCCGGCUACGUGUUCGUGCUCACGGCGUCCAACAAGCCCGUGGGCAUCGUCAAGGGCAUCCAGGGUAUCUCGCAGCUCGUCUUCUCGCUGCCGGGCGGCUACUUCGCCGACCGCACGCGGCGCGACACGAUCCUCAAGCUCUCGGGCGCCAUUGGCAUCGUGGGCGCCGUCAUCACCUUCCUCUCGGUCGAGAUGACGUCCGUCACGGGGCUCUACGUGGCCUUCGGGCUCUGGGGGCUCUUCGCGGCCUUCCAGAGCCCCGCCAUGGAGGCGCUCUUCGCCGACUCGAUCCCGCCGGGCAAGCGCAGCUUCCCCUUCAUGAUCAAGUACAACAUCAGCAACCUGGCGCAGAUGCUCGGGCCCGUGCUCAGCAUCUUCCUCUUCCUCUUCUACGGCGACGAGUGGCAGCUGCCCGAGCUCAAGCCCGUGCUCGAGUUCGGCUGCGUGCUGGCGGUCGUGGGCUCGCUCGUGCUCUUCCAGUUCGACGACGACCGCGCCAAGGACUACAUGCUGGACAAGAGUCAGGAGGAGAAGGAGGAGGAGGAGCUGCUCGAGAAGAUGGUCACGCCGUCCCCGCUGCGGACGCCCAAGCUGGUGGGCAACGGCGCCGAGAUCGACAUGGUGUACGACUACUCGGACGAGGACGACAUCACUGUGGACGACAAGUCGCCGCCGACCGCGACGGAGAACACGGCGCUGCUGCUGCUCAAGGGCAAGACCGCCAAGGAGCUGGAUCUGGAGCGCCAGCAGCGGCUGCAGCAGGAGGACGAUGACGAGGAAGAAGGGUACAUGGCCCACCUGGACGCCAAGUUCCUGUGCUUCCGCACCAAGCACGUGCCGUACAUCCUGUUCGUCUCGGACUUUGUGAUCAGCAACGGCGCCGGCAUGACCAUCAACUUCUUCCCGCUCUUCUUCAAGGAGGAGUACGGCCUCACGCCGAUCCACGUCUGCGCGCUGUUCAUGAGCCAGCCGCUCGUCGUCAUGAUCCUGUCGUUCAUCGCGCAGCGAUUGUCCAAGCCGUGCGGUCGCAUGCCCAUUAUCGCCUUCACGCGCGCCUUCUCCGUCGCGUGUCUGUUUUCCAUGGCGUACGCGCAGCCGAUGGCGCUGCAGAUCGUGCUGUUCUUGAUGCGUGGAGGCAUGAUGCGCUGCUCGCAGCCUCUGCGCCGCUCAAUCCUGAUGGACUACGUGCCGAAGAACAUUCGUGCGCGCUGGAACGCGCUGGAGGGUUUGUCGGUGUUCUCCUGGUCGGGCAGUGCUGUGCUUGGAGGCUUCUUGAUCGACGCGUACGGCUACCGCAUGUGUUUCAUUAUUACGUCGCUCGUCUACUGCGUGGGCUUGAGCAUGGAGAUGGUCCUCUUGCCACUGACCAAGCACGCGGUUGAAAGAUAG